AUGGACCGUGAAGAUUAUGAAACCCUGUUUUCUUCUUCUUCUUCUUCUUCUGGAGAGUCUGAUAUUCCUAUACCGCCUAACACGAUGCCGAUUUCUUCAUCGGAAUCCUUCUCUUUGCCUUUGUCAGUGGUACCUCCAUUUCCUGAACUACCAGAGCCCUCACCUCUAAUAAGCUUUCAUUCUUUUCCACCCCAGCUUGAAUUCAAAGGUGCCAUUCCAAUUGGAGAAACUGCAGCUCCGAGUACUGUAGGAGGUGCUGGGGAUUUAUUUGGUGAGCCACGGCCUAUGGAGUCCUUGCAUGGGACUCCAAUUCCUCCUUUCUUGUCCAAGACUUUUGAUUUGGUGGAUGAUCCUUCAUUGGAUUCUAUAAUUUCUUGGGGAGCAAAGGGGGAUAGCUUUGUUGUGUGGGAUCCUGUGGAAUUUGCAAGGAUUAUUUUGCCAAGGAAUUUCAAGCACAACAAUUUUUCAAGCUUUGUUCGGCAGCUUAAUACAUACGGAUUUCGUAAAAUUGAUACUGACAAGUGGGAGUUCGCCAAUGAAGGAUUCAUAAGAGGGCAGAGACAUUUAUUGAAAACUAUCCAGAGACGAAGAACGCCUCAAUCUCUGCAGAUUGGAAGCUCGUCUGGAUCAGCUAGUGAGGCUGGGAAAACUGCAUUGCAAGGCGAGUUGGAACGUUUAAGGAAAGAGAAAAGCUCAAUGAUGCAGGCUGUGGUUGAAAUGCAGCAUCAGCAGCGGAAUACAUUUCAGCAUAUGGAAGUUGUUAAUGAGAAACUCCAGGAAGCAGAGAAGAGGCAGAAGCAAAUGGUUUCGUUCUUGGCUAAAAUGUUACAGAAUCCAGCAUUUGUAGCUCGUCUUCAGCAAAGGGAGCAAAAGGGCAUAACUUCACCAAGAACAACACGAAAAUUUUUAAAACAUCAACAUGAAUCAGAUACACCUGAGUCUUCUCUCAAGGGGCAGAUUGUGAAAUAUAGACCGGAACCAAGAGAUUUUGCUAUGGCUUCUGUAUUUCCGGACUUCAAUCCUGAUACAGUCAAACAAUUUGAUGAUUAUUCUUUACAAGAUACAGAAGAAAACCUUGCUUUUGGUGCAGAGAGUGUUCCAUUCCAGACUGAAAAUACUGAUCGUGAUGCAGUGUUGCUGCAACAUGAAUUUCUAACCCCUGAACAAGCUGGAGGAGUUUUAAGUAUGGACACUCUAGAUCCGUUUAAUAAAGGAAAGAAUGUAGUGAAACCCGAGAAACGAGUCACACCCGAGCAUGUAAUCUCUUUUCCUGACGACUUGGCUAGGGAGAAGAAUUCUCUUGAAAUAGCGUUGCCAGGAAUUCGAAGUAUGGUCAAAGAAGAGGGUGAAUGGAACUUGGGUUUUGAAGCCAGUGCUGGUAUGUCUAGUUCUACGAAUGUCUUAUGGGGUAAUCUUAGCAAUUAUGACAUGCUGGAAUUAGGGGUUAGCAGUGGCAUGUCUGAUAUUUGGGAUAUAGGUUCACUGCAGCCCUGGGGAACUUCAGGCAUUGAGAUGUGGCCAGACGAAGACUCACCCUUGAAAGAGCUAGAGGACCAAGCUGGCCUGUCUAGAGAUGAUAGUUCUAAGAAAAUGGACCCAUAG